AAGCUUCGAGGGAGAUGACCAUCCCGCGAUGCUCAGCCCGACUCGUCGCCGGCGCGCGCGUCCGCGUUGCUCCUCGUAGACUGCCUCGAAUUCUCUUCGGUCAUCCUCACCCAAGUGUUCACCCGCCGGUCGCGCACCAGCAGCAACAGCGCACGCUCUUCAACUUUUUCCGGCGCAAGCCGCAGGACGACGCGGCGAAGAAGGCGAAGGAGCCGGAGCCCGUGCUGAGUGAGGAUGACCUCUUCCACCCGUUCUCCAAGUCGCCCUUCGCCGCCGUGCGCGAGCGCGGCGAGGUCAUCCGCAAGCUCGCCGUUUGCCCCGUCUGCGUCAACCAGCAUGCGGACUCGCACGCGCCAAUCCACGCGCAGCCUCGACACGUCGAAUUCGAGUGCCCGGACUGUGGUUGGCCGACGCAUUGCUCCGAGGAGCAUUGGCAUGAAGAUGGCGAGCACGACAAGUACUGUGCGCGUUUGCGGGAGGUCAACGAGGAUGAUCAUGACCUGCGCAGCGGGAGGAGGUUGAUCGAGUUCGAGUUCCCAGGUCCCCAGGACUCGGAAGCGGCGAUCUCGUUCGCCAACUGGGAUACGUUCUGGUACACCCGAGGCUUUCCCUCCAUGGACACCGAGCGGUCCCGAAGACACGCGAGCAAAGUACUCAGCUUCCCGAUCACCAUCGGCUCGGUUCUUCACCAAUACAGCUACCUCACGCUGAACAACCAGCGGCUUACUCCCGAAGGCAGCCGUUCCCUCGCAGCCCUGAGGCAAACGCUUCACGUCCCACCAGGCACGCCCGAAACUGAGGAGCAGAACAUCAACAAGCCGAAGGCGCGGAUUUUCAUUCUUGGGGCGCGGAAGGAGUCCUCGCUGCCUCCCCAUGUUUGGGAACAGCUCUGCCUUCUCUUCCCCGCCGGGCUUGUUCACCUCUACUUCAUCGGCCCACAAGUCGCGCUGCCGCAACCGGUCACCGUACCCUUAAAGACGGCCACACCCGAAACCUCCGGCACGACCGACUCCACGACUUCGCCUCCAACCGAAAACCCGGCUGACCCCAAAGCCGACUCCUCGUCUCCUGCCUCUCCCUCCCAAUCUGAGUCAACCUCUGUCACCAGCCCGAGCGACGAUCAACCAUCAAAACCCGCCUAUACGCCGAACGUCUACACCCCACCGACGCCCGCGCCCAUCCCGCGUCAACGCCGCACGCGCGACUCCCUCAUCGAAUACGGCGUCCCGUCCUACACCGUGCCCUACACCCCCCAGCUCUACAUCUCCGGGCUUCAAUCCACCUAUCUCGACGUGCACCCCCAGCUCGCCGAAUCGUACGACCCCUACACCGACGUCUUCUUCAUCUUCCACCCGGGCUUCGGCUUCCCCUCGCCCACCGCGCCCCCAAAGCCCGACGGCACGCCGACCCUCCAAGUCGACGCCCCCGCCGAAUGGGGCGGCGUCCUCCCCGCGCUGCUCCAGACCAAGUGCGCCAUCUUCGUGACCGGGUUCAGCCCGGCCGACGUCGAGCGCGACGUGCGCGCGCUCGAGACCGCCGAGGGCGUCGCGGGCGAGUUCGACUGGGUGCUCACCCCGGGACCGAACGCGUUCGGCAGCGAGCGCUGGGAGGUGGCCGACUUCGACCCGCGCGUGAUGGUCCGCUCGAAUUGGGGGAUAUGGGGCAUUCGCGGCAAGCGUACGGACGUCGUCGAGCGCCCCAGCUUUGCGAGCUUGUUCCUCGGUGCGCCGAAGGACGCGAAGAGCAGCGUUUACCGAAAUUAGAGCUCGGGGGAGAGGUUAAAUAUAUGUGCUCAAGUAUCCUCAAGUAUCUUAUCACCGGCGACUGUUAUACAUGGGUUGUCUCAAUCGCGGUAGAUCCCAUAGCUAUGGUUCUCCGAGUAAUACGAGAAUGGAUGUAUCUUCC